CAAAUUGCUGCCCUUCUUGGUUUCUCUCUCAUCAUCACUGCUUGUCUCUCGUCUCGUCUCACUCACUCAUAUCACUCGCUCCUUUUUUAAUUUUAACCUCUUCUUUACUUUAUUUCUUUCACAGGCAUUCCCUGAAAAAGAAAGCAAAAGCCUCUCUACUAGGGUUCCUACUUUUUUCUCCCAUUGAUCAUACAUUGCUGGAGAUCCUGUACCAACCAUUUUUAGUUCAGAGUUUACUCUCCCAGUCGGAGUUUUGGUUCUUUGUUUGAAGUUUUUGUUUAUGUAAUUUGGUGGGUUUUGCGGCUGUGUCUUUUUUUUUUUUUUUCCCUUGCGGGUUUGUUGUAGGGAAUUUUUUUGGGGGGAAUUGUUGGGGUCAAAAAAGUGAAAAUGCUCUGAGUUCAUUUAUGGGGUUUGCUUUCUGGGAGACGUGCAUGUGAAGCAAUUUAUAGUGUUUUGGUUUCGGUUCUUACUGAUUUCCCGAUUGGUUGUUCGUGAAUCCUAGCUUUUAAAUGUGUGGAGAAGGAAUAUUCUGGAUCUCUUUUUCUCUUGUUUCAUGCUCAUUGCGUGCUUGAACACUGUCGCAAUUCGGAUUGCUUUAGCCACCGGAAGUAGUGGGAAUUGGUUAGACUUAGAAUUGCUUUAUUAAUUAUGCGAUGCUGCAGGCGGGCGUAGGUGGACACUUGGUGCCUGGUGGUGGGAAGUUAUUGCAGUUGUGCUUAGAGGUCAUUACUUACAGGAAUUUGGAAUAUGGACAAAAGAUUAGGUUUUCUUGUAUGGGAUUCCGUGGAUGCAUUUAAAUUUACUGUUUACUAGCCAGUAUAUUAAGGUGUUGUUAGGUGAUGGAGGAUAUUGGGCUGUUCAAUCAAGGGUUGAAAUGGUUGCAAUCAAAAGACUGCUAUUCUGUAGCAAGGACUGUUGUGAGCUGUUUAAGGGAAAAGAUUGGAGUUUUCAUGGAGCGGCAUUGGCCGCUUGUUUGUUGUGGGUGUGCCAAAUUUGGAAGAGUUCUACUCUUCUUGUUGGUUUAUUGGAAAAACUAUUUUGUUUCUGGCUUCCAGUCAUUUAUUGGGCUGGGAUCAGCAGCUCUGCUAGUCAUUAUGUGGAGUUGCUUCCUAAGCUUGACAUCGCUGUCAUGUCUUCUAUAUGUGCUUGCUAGUAUGGGAGCAGCUGGGAUUGCUGUUCAGUUUUUAGGCUACACUCCUGGACUUUUUAUUGUGGGACUGUUUGCCAUUUUGGUUUUGUGGAUGUAUGCUAAUUUUUGGAUAACUGGUACCCUGUUCAUUGUUGGUGGCUAUCUAUUUUCAUUAAAUCAUGCACGGCUGGUGGUGCUCAUGGCAACCCUAUAUGCUAUGUAUUGUGUCAAAGUUCGAGUAGGAUGGCUUGGAGUUUUUCUUGCAAUUAACCUUGCUUUCCUAUCAAAUGAUGUAUUAAACUACUUGAUCAAAUGGUGCGAUAAUUUGAGUGAAAGCACUCAUUUGGAUGACCGUAAAGAAUCUGACUCAUUCGUAGAAGAUGAUUUUUCCACGGACUGCGAAUACUCUGCCUCCACCAAAUUAGAAGGAGAAGAAGAAGAGAAGUUGCACUCAUGUAAAUCAGCCAGAAAACCUGCUAGUCCAUCUUUUGUUGAAAAACCAAAAGAAUUUGCUGCUGAGAAAGUGGUUAGACAAGAUGCCAACUCCACAAUUGAGAUGGAGAGGAUAUUAAAAAGUGACAAUCACUAUGAAGCACUUGGGUUUCCACGCCAAAGGAAAAUCGACGUUGUUUUGUUAAAGAAGGAAUACCGUAAAAAGGCCAUGCUUGUGCACCCUGACAAAAACAUGGGAAGUCCACUGGCAAGUGAAUCAUUUAAGAAACUUCAAUGUGCAUAUGAGGUUCUUUCUGAUGCUGUAAAGAAGAGGGACUAUGAUGAGCAGCUCAGCAAAGAAGAAUCUAAGUGUGUUAUGCAGAAAUCAGCUAGCACUUCUUACCAGAAUACCACUGACUUUUGUUCUGAGGAAUCAAGGCGCAUACAGUGCACUAAGUGUGGCAAUUCGCACAUCUGGGUUUGUACGAAUAGAACCAAGGCCAAAGCAAGAUGGUGCCAGGAUUGCUGUCAGCACCAUGAAGCCAAAGAUGGGGAUGGAUGGGUAGAGUACAAAGGCUCACUGGUAUUUGAUCGACCUCAGAAGGUGGAAAUACCCCGUGCUUUUGUAUGUGCUGAAAGCAGGAUUUUUGAUGUGUCGGAGUGGGCUAUAUGUCAGGGGAUGGCUUGCAGACCAAACACGCAUAGACCGAGUUUCCAUGUAAACAUGGUUGGAUUAGAGAAGUCAACUCAGAGGUCCAACUCGAGCAGGUAUCCAUGGGAUUUGGAUGCUGAGAUGAUGGAUGAAGAGGAUGAAUUUGAAAUGUGGCUCCAGCAAGCCUUAGCGUCCGGACUAUUUUGUGAAACUUCCAAACGCAGGAAAAGCUGGAGUCCGUUCAAACUGCCUCAGAAAAAAGGAAAGAAACAUUGGCGGAGAUCAUCCUAGAAGACAAUUUUGGUUGCAGACUUGUCGGCAUCAAACUUCCUCCAGCGCUGCUGAAACACACCCCUAUAUCGGCAAAUGAGAUGUGAGGGUGAGAUCAAUGCUCUUUUUAGCUUGCCUUCGAAACUUGCAAGCAGAUGAAAAUAUGGGAGGUGGAUCAAAGAAUGUGAAAACUGCUCGUUUUACACGGUUCAAUCUGUAAAUAAUGUCAGAUCGUUCUUGUAGUUUUCAUGUCAGCAAUCAGUUUUUGCCCACAUCCUCGAGGUUUAAGAUGGAUUGAGAGGAAUAGCAAAACUGAUGCUGUCCGUGUACAUUUACUCUAAAGUUUAAGAGCUUAAGCAGAUUCAAUAAUAAAGUUGAAAAAGAACAAAUUUUUCUGUCA